AUGACCACUCUCAUUCCCCGGGAGCCAUACACUCAAGAUGAGCUCGCUCGUCUCUACCCCGAGAGCUUGAAUCUCCGGCUAGUCCAGGUUUUCCUUCGCCAUGGCGAACGAACACCUGUUUCCUCCCGAUUCACAAAUACAGGCCUGAGUCCAUACUGGCCAUACUGUGGCGUCGCAAGACGUAUGGUGCAGAUGGCAUCUAGCAACAAAGACCUCUCAUCAUGGAAUGGAUUCCAAUGGCGCCGGAAAAUGGAAGCUUUCGGUAGCAAUGAUCAGUCGGUGGUAGCACCGGGACCAGGAGGGGAAAUUGAGGCUAUGUGCUUGCACGGCGAGCUCACAGACAAGGGCCGCGAGACUACAUAUGCUCUCGGACAACGACUACGCCAUCUGUAUGUCGAUCAGCUUGGCUUCAUGCCUGAGAUCAAGUCCGAUGCCGAGGACAUGUACCUGCGCGCUACGCCGAUCCCCCGCGCUCUGGAGUCGCUCCAGGAGGCGUUCUGGGGAAUGUAUCCUGCAAGUGCGCGCACUCUCAACUUCCCACCUCCUGUUAUUGUUGCCCGUCAGGUUAACGAGGAGACUCUUUUCCCUAAUGAGGGCAAUUGCAAACGGUUCAGACAGCUGGCUCGGCUUUUUGCCGAUCGCGCCGCGGAACGAUGGAACGAUUCUGAACAAAUGGCAUACUUGAACGGCCUUUGGUCUAAGUACAUGCCCGAGGGUUCGCCUAAGGUUGCUGUUGAUGCUCACCCCCGUCUUUCUGGUAUCAUGGAUACCAUCAAUGCCACUGAUGCCCAUGGGCCAAGUACCAAACUUCCAUCUGAGUUCUAUGACAAGAAGGGUCGUGCUGUUCUCGACCGUAUCUCGGUCGAGGAGUGGUUUGCCGGUUACGGUGAGAGUGCCGAGUACCGUAAGCUGGGUAUUGGUGCUCUCAUGGGUGAUGUUGUUGACCGUAUGGUCAGCACUGCUGUCGAAGGUGGAUGGCGCAGUGAGAGUGCUCCCUCUGGUAACCCCGAGGCUGGCAAGGCGAUCAAGUUCGCCAUGAGCGGGUGUCACGACACCACCCUCGCAGCUAUUCUAUCUAGUGUUGGUGGAUUUCAGAACGAGUCCUGGCCGCCUUUCACCUCAUCUAUUGCAGUCGAGCUCUUCUCUCAGGCUCCUAGCUCCAACUCCAACGCUGGAACUAUGCUUGAGGAGUUCUCCAACCCACCUGUCUCCAAGAAGCCCGGCGUGCUCUCCUCGCUGUUCGGUAAGUCCGCACCGAAGCAACCCACCCCCUCCGACACAGCACGCACACCUAUCUCGUCCUUCUCCGAUUCCUCCCGUGAGUCUCUUCAGAACCACUAUGUCCGCCUCCGCUAUAAUGACCGCCCUGUCACUAUUCCCGGCUGCGCUGCCAAGCCUGAGAACCACCUGCCUGGCGAUGAGACAUUCUGUACCCUGGAUGCUUUCAAGUCAAUUGUCGAUAAGUUCACACCGAAGAACUGGCAAACCGAGUGCACAGAGAACCUCGGCGCAGGCCUGCAUGGCCCUGGUGAUCGUGAGCGGUCCCAGGCUGGCUUCUAG